GUGUUGGUCAUUCCUGUCUGGUGUUCAGAGGUCGGGUUUGGACCCCGACAUGCCAACCGAGCAGCUGCGUGGGUGAAGCCGGGCAGUUUCUGUAAUUUAGUCAUUUAAAGUAGACGACAGUGAAAUGGAGAACGACGUAUUAGACUGUUUGGAGGAUUUGUGUUACAAGGGUCCUCUGGUAGAAAAUGGUGCGCUGGAUCAGGCAGUUGCUGGGGGAGCCGCUUCUCCUGAAUUCACAAAGCUCUGUGCCUGGAUUGUCUCUGAGAUCAAGCUGUACUGCAAAUUGGAGGAGAGUGUGCAAGCCACAAACAGUCCCAGUGAAGCAGAAGGCUUCCAGUUUGAGAUGAGUGGCUUGCUAGCUGAGAUGAACUGCCCUUAUUCUGUUCUUACAACUGGGGAUGUCGCCAAACGUCUUCUAAACAAAAACAGCUGCCUUUUGCUGCUCACCUACCUUAUUUCCGAGUUGGAGGCGUUAAAGAUGGUUCAUGUAAGCCAUCCGCCAAAGACGGCUCCGGAGGGGGGAGGCAGUGACGUUUUUCUUGAGCUGAAGGGGAUUUGUGUGGGCCUGGGUAUGUCCAAACCCCCCGCCAACAUUGCCAUGUUCCAGUUCUUUAGUGGAAUUGAGAAGAAGCUGAAGGAAGCCAUGUCCAAGGUGCCUCCGAAUCACGUUGGAAAGCCACUACUGAAGAAACCACUUGGCCCAGUUCACUGGGAAAAAAUCGAAGCUGUUAACCAAGCACUAGUUAAUCAAUAUGAAGUCCGGAGGAAGAUGCUGCUGAAACGACUUGAUGUAACGGUGCAGUCUUUUGGUUGGUCAGAAAGAGCAAAGGCUCGUGCUGAUCAGUUGGCGAAGGUAUACCCGGCGAAACGGACUGCUCUUGCUACAAAAAGCAGUGUUUCUAUUGCUCACCUAUAUGCAGCCCGGGAAGAUCUGUCCAAGAUUUUAAGAACCAGCAGUGGAACGAUCCGUGAGAAGUCAGCCUGUGCCAUCAACAAGGUGCUGAUGGGCCGGGUGCCGGACCGAGGAGGAAGACCCAAUGAGAUCGAGCCGCCUCCUCCGGAGAUGCCGCCCUGGCAAAAAAGGCAGGAUGGGCCGCAGCAGUACGGAGGGGGAGGCGGGCAGCAGAACAGAGGCGGUGGCAGAGGGGGCUACGAUCAGCAGUCCCAGGGAGGGCGGGGAGGGUACGACCGAGGAGGAGGUGGCCGGGGUGGCAGAGGGGGCAAAGUACAAGGGGGUUGGGGGGAUGGAGGAGGUGGUGGCUACCAAGGCAACUACCAAGGGGGUGGAUACCAAGGCGGGGGAGGUGGGGGGUAUUCAGGUGGAGGGUAUCAAGGCGGGUUUCAGCCACCUACCUACCAGGGAAGUGGACACCAGGGAGGAGGAGGAGGAGGAGGAGGGGGAGGAGGAGGGGGAGGGGGUUAUCAGGGUGGUGGAGGAUACCAGCAGGAUAACCGCUACCAGGACGGUGGCUACCAAGAGAGAGGUGGCCGUGGGGGGCGUGGUGGCAGGGGCAGGGGGAACCGUGGCUGUCAAGGAGGUGGUUGGGGUGGAAGAGGAGGGCAGAACUUAAAUCAGGGAGGGCAGUUUGAGCAGUACUUCCAGCAGGGAGGCUAUCACUAUAACCAGGCAGGGUUUGGUCAAGGGAAGCAUUAUUCAAGUUGAGGGUAACCUCAUGGUCAUUGCAGCAGAGCUCACGUACUAGCGAUGUGUAGAGAGGGGGAUAAAAAAAAAAAGCCUUAACUACAAAAUAUUCCAGCGAUGUACACUACCAUGGAAUUGCACAGUAAGGUCGCCAGCACUGGGAGGAGUUGGUGCUGACCUGAAAUGGUUAGUUUUGAACUGUGAGAGGUUUCACAUACAGCAAGACUGAAGACUUAAAUUUUUUGUUUUAAUCAUGAAUAUAUGGGGACAUUUCUGAUGACAUGUUUUUCAUGAAACAGACACGACGGUACCUAUGCAAUCAUUUAUUUUAUUUUAACAUUUUUGUUUCAGGAAUUUCAACAUGAUUCUGGCUUUUGCUUUCAUAUCACAAAUAUACUGAAGCCUCAUCCCCUAAUGAGAGCUGAAUCAUUUUUGUUUUAACCCUAUGGGAGGGACUUGCAUCAUCAAACAACUAACAGAUAUCAGAAGUAUCCUUUUAAUGUAGUGCAUUUACAAGACUGAAGACCCUCUUAUGACCAGUAACAUGAAAUUGAUCUACGUCAGUGUCUCCACAAUAUGAGCUCUGCUGUAAUUGCUUUGGGUUACAAAUCAAUAGCCUUAUCUUCUGGUUUUUGAACGUUGCAACUGUAGAGAAUUGAAAUGCCACUACUACAGGUUUUUUUUUGUUUGUUUGUUUUUUUGGAGAUCUGCAACACUACUAUAUCUUACCAUGGACCUAUAUGGUGGUUAGAAAACAAACAGAUUAUCAAGCAAGAAAAACGUUUAAAUCUAUCUGCAGUCCUCCUUUAGAGGAAUAUUAUUAUUUUCAGCGUUAACUGAUGUGAAAUUUACUUGAAAGGAAAUAUGUAUUCUUAAAUAUGCUUUGUGCAUGAGUUUACACCACUGGUUAAAACACGUGGUUGAUUUAAACUAAAAUUUACUGGCAUCCAGGCAAGGGACUGUAGAAUCCUGGAGGCCUUUCGUUCUUGCUACAGACAACAUCCAACUAACCGAGCUCAUGAUUUCUUUUUUUUCUCUUUACUAAAAGCCACAUGACACUGCUUGUUGGCUAUUAUGUGUACAUAAGUUAUGUGAAGUUAUGAAAGACAAUGCUUGAAAGUGUGAUGUUGAAUGAACAGUGAGCAAUACAAAUAAAAAAAAAACAAUCUGAAUUAAGUUA